AUGCCCAAACUAACCACCCUCCUCCAAACCCUGCACCACGAAUCCGGCCUCCCCUCCCUCACCACCACAGGCCGCGACGCCUUCCUCAUCAUCCUAGCCCGCACCUCCCGCAUGUUCGCCUACGGUGCCAGCUCCCUCGUCCUCGCUCUCUUCUUCGCCGAACUCGGCUUCACUGACGCCCAGAUCGGGUUGUUCAUGACGCUUACUUUGCUCGGAGAUGUCGUUCUCUCGCUGGUUUUGACGCUCGUGGCCGAUGGGGUAGGGCGAAGAAGGACGUUGGUGUUUGGCGCGGGGUUGAUGAUGGUUUCCGGGACGGUGUUUGCCUUGUGCGAGGGGUUUUGGGUGUUACUGGGUGCGGCGGUGGUUGGGGUUAUCAGCGCGACGGGGGGGGAUUUUGGGCCGUUUCGGGCGAUUGAGGAGAGUAUGGUGUCGGAGUUGACUACGCCGGGGACGAGGGCGGAUGUGUUGGUUUGGUAUGUUACGUUGGCGAGUUUGGGGAGUUCGGUGGGGACGGAGAUGGCGGGGAGGAUUGUGGAGGGGUUGGUGAGCGGGAAGGGGGGGUGGAGGCUGGUGGAUGCGUAUCAUGCGUGUUUUGGGUUGUAUUUGGUUAUGGGGGGGGUUAGUAUGGCGUGUGCGAUGGCUUUGUCGGAGAGGUGUGAGUUGAGGCGAGCGGAGCCUUUGGAUAACGACGACAGCAACAACAACAACAACAACAACAACGGUGAAACAGAACGGCUGCUGGGUGCCUCUGAACCCUCCACGACCACCACAACCACAGAAACACCACCAGCCAAACGCAGCUGGACCUCCCAAAUCUCCCGGGACUCCCUCUCCAUCAUGUCCAUCCUCUGGUUCCUCCUCAUGGUCGACUCCCUCGCCGACGGCAUGGCCAACAUGUCGCUAACAACCUACUACACAGCCCGCAAAUUCCCCCACCUCCCCAAAUCCGCCCUCGGCGACAUCGUGUCCACCAGCUACCUCCUCGCGGCGCUCUCCAACAUCUUCGCCGGCCCCCUAGCCCGCCACAUCGGCCUAGUCAACACCAUGGUCUUCACGCACAUCCCCUCCUCCGCCGCGGUACUCGUCUUCCCCCUAGCGCAAACCGUGCCCCUGACGUUUGGGCUGUUGUUACUUCGCGUCGGGCUGAAUAACAUGGACCAGGCGCCGCGGGCGGCGUUGAUCGCGGCGGUGGUGAGAGCCGAAGAGAGGACGGCGGUGAUGGGGAUUACGAGUGUGGUGAGGACGGUGGCGUCGAUGACGGGGCCGAGUAUUACGGGGGUGUUGGCCGGGGGUGGGAGGUUUUGGAUUGCGUUUGUGGUGGCGGGGGGGUUGAGGUUGGCGUAUGAUUUGGGGGUGUUUGCCAUGUUUGUGAAUAUUAGGUUGUAUAAACAUGAGACAGUGGAAGAGACUCAGAACGAGACUCGGGAAGAGGGCGAGCAACAGGAGGCAUAA